GUGUAUCCUUCUAUAACUAUAUCACAAAUAGUCAAUCUUCUAUAGUUAAAAAAAAAAAAACUUUUAGGUGGUAGAUAUAAAUAAAUAAAUAAAUAAUUGCUGGUCAACGGUUUGAGAAGACAAAGUGAGAGAGAAAGAAUAAAAUUUAAAAUUUUGACUCCUCUUCCUGCAUUGGAAAUAUAAGGAGAGAAACCUUGGUGCAUUGGAAAUGUAAAGUGACAGAGAAUGGCUACUUUGGUGCAUUGGAAACAUGACUACUGGCUAUGUAUUCUUUUUCAUUGAUGUAUGUAAUGAAGUUUGAAAUAGUUACUUUCCCCAUCCUAUAUAAAGUCUCUUUGUUAGGUUUGGUUAUUCAUUUUGAAUUUUCUGAGUUCCAAAAGUUUGGGAGGAUGGCUAGUUCAUCUGCCCAGGGACAAGUGAUCGGCUGCCACAAUAAUGAGGAGUGGACGGCGCAUAUCCAGACUAACAAAUUGGUGGUGGUUGAUUUUACUGCUUGCUGGUGCAGCUCUUCCCGUUAUAUUGCCCCAUUUUUUGAUGGCAUUGCUAAGAAGAUGCCGCAUGUUAUAUUCCUCAAGGUUGAUAUUGAUGAACUUACGACAGUUGCACAACAAUAUAAAGUGGAGACAACAUCAACGUUUUUGUUCCUUAAAGAUGGGAAUGAAGUGGAUAGGGUUGUUGGUGCCAAGAGAGAGGAGUUGAAUGAGACCAUAGCGAAACAUUUUCCAUCUUAA